AUGCGCCUGCGCAUGGAGGCUUUUAUCCGGCGGAAGCAGAAAGAAAUUAUAUCAGCCCUGGAGUCACUUGACGGAAACACAUUUCGCACAGAUGAAUGGGAACGACCGAAUGGUGGCGGUGGCGGCCGUACAUGCGUUCUACAAGAUGGUCACGUCCUCGAGAAGGCCGGAGUGAAUAUCAGCAUCGUCCAUGGCAAGCUCAACCGCAGUGCAAUCGAGGAGAUGCGACAGAACCACAAGAACAUAGCUACUGAUACAGAUGAGCUGGACUUCUACGCGCUGGGGCUGAGCAUGGUCGUUCAUCCAAAGAAUCCGAUGGCACCCACGGUGCACAUGAAUGGGCGCUACUUCGAGACUGUUCGCGAUGGUUCUGCGCAGACCGCUUGGUUCGGCGGCGGCAGUGACCUUACCCCAAGCUAUCUCAUUGAGGAGGAUGUGAAACAUUUCCAUGCAACACUCAAGUCGGCGUGCGAUGAACACGAUGUCGGUUAUUAUCCCAAGUUCAAGAAGUGGUGCGACGAGUACUUCACCAUCAAACACCGUGGGGAAAGGCGAGGAGUUGGGGGGAUUUUCUUCGACGAUCUAGAUGAGAACUUUGGGAACCUCGAGCAGAUAUUUGCAUUCGUGCAGGCGACUAUGAAUGCGUUGAUACCAGCCUACAUACCGAUUGUGGAAAAGCGGAAAGGCCUUUCGUUCAAUGACCAGGAGAAGGAGUGGCAGCAGAUUCGCAGGGGAAGAUACGUCGAGUUCAACCUCGUUUAUGAUCGCGGAACGGCUUUUGGAUUGAAUGUGCCUGGUUCAAGAGUUGAGAGCAUUCUCAUCAGCCUCCCAGUCACAGCUCAAUGGCACUACAUGUAUGAGGAGCCGGAGCCGGAUAGUCGGGAGGGCAAGCUCCUUGAAGUGCUACGGAGUCCUCGGGAGUGGGUUUGA